UCUGCAUUCCUCUUUCCUCGUAUUCUUUCGGAAAGAGUUGUCUUUCCCGCUUUUUUUUAUCAGUCGAACAUCUAUCAACAAUAACAAGAAAUGAGAAUAUUUUUAUGAGAUAUACGAAAAAUAAAACCUUUUGUUUAUGAUAUUGCGGCUCGCAAGUGGUCGUUCUGCUCGUUUAGUUAACACGUAGCGCAAAAAACACAUAUUAUGAGUAUGUAACCGGUUGGCUGGUGGUUACUAUAAGUUGACAAAAUAACAAAGCGACGAGCUCUGAUUGCUACAUGUCCUCUGAGUCUGAACCUUAGCUGUUUCAUUUUGAAAUCUGUGCGUUUUCGAAAUUUCGAAGAUUUCUUACGUGCGGCGCCCCAAUAAGAGUAUUCGUAGAUACUGGCUCUCGUUACUGCUACGUAGAUUUAAUAUAGCCUAUACAUUUUAGUUUUUGCAACAAUAACAUGAAGAAGCAGAUAGUUAAAAAACCAUUCCGUGUAGCUGUUGAAGGAAAUGUUGGAUCUGGAAAAUCUACAUUAAUAAAGUAUUUUGAAAAGCUUAAGGAAGUUGAAACAAAUCCUGAACCAAUAGAAACAUGGCGAGAUUUAAAUGGUCAUAACUUACUUCAACUGACAUACUCGGAUCCUCACAGAUGGAAUUUUGCUUUUCAACAUAAUGUACAAUUAAGUCGUUUGAAUUUACAGUCAAAAACUACAAACAAAGACAUACAAAUGUUUGAACGUUCAUUACAAAAUAAUAGAUAUUGUUUUGUGGAGAUGGCGCAUGACAAAGGAUUAUUAUCCAGUCCUGAAUAUGGAGUAAUGUGCCAAUGGUAUGAAUACAUCGAAACAAAUGUAGACAUUGGAUUAGAUCUUAUUGUAUAUCUAAGAAGUUUACCAGAAAUUGUGCAUACAAGAAUGCAACGUCGCAAUCGUCCAGAAGAGCGUACUAUAAAACUUGAUUAUUUGAUAGAUUUACAUGAAUACUAUGAAAAAUGGCUAAUGGAGAAAUAUUUUAAUCUCCCAUGUUCAUUAUUGGUAAUAGAUGUCAACAAAGACUUAUCUGACAAUCAGCUUGUAGAUAUAUAUAAAACUUAUGAAAAUAGAAUAUUGGGAAAAAUACCAGUUUUAUAAUGU